AUGGAGGCCAAGGUCCGCCCGAGCCGCCGCUCGCGCGCGCAGCGGGACCGGGGCCGGCGCCGGGAGGCGGCCCGCGACGCCCGCGACCAGAGCGCCUCGUCGGGCGAGGAGCCCGAGCCCGGGCCCGGCAAGGAGAACGCGGGCCUGCCCCGCGCGCCCCCGCCCCGCGCCGCCGCCGCGCGCCCCCCGCGCCGCCGCCGCCGCGAGUCCAGCUCGCAGGAGGAGGAGGUCAUCGACGGCUUCGCCAUCGCCAGCUUCAGCUCGCUGGAGGCCCUGGAGAAGGACAUGGCCCUGAAGCCACAGGAGCGGAAGGAGAAAUGGGAGCGCCGCCUCGCCAAGAAGCCCCGGGAGUCCGAGCACGGCCCGCCGGCGGAGCCCAGUGAGAACGGCCGGCCCCCGGAGGUGGGCAGCCCCGAGCCGGACCUGGAGCCCGCCUGCGACCGGGGGCGGAAAGUCCCGCUGCAGCCCGCCAAGCAGGUGAAGGCUGCCCUGUCCAGAGGGGGCGACGGCCACAGCGAGGACGAGGGCUUCCGCGAGGCCACCAGCUCCCGGCGCAGCGCCUCCCGGGACCAGCUCAGUGACAGCUCAGCGCAGGCUGUGUCGGGCAGAGGCUAUUCUUGUGACAGCGAGAGCGAUGGGGACGACAAGGCGUCUGUAGGCUCCGAGAAGCUCUUCGCCCCGGCAGCCGAGAGAGGCCCCACGAGAGGUGCAACAGCGGAGGCCAAGGCCGGGCUGGCGCCCAAGGUCUCGGGCCUGGAGCGCAGCCGCGAGCUGAGCACCGAGCUGCCCUUCCUGCCCUCCGUGCGCAGCCCCGCGCCCCCCUCCGGCCCUCGGCCCAGCGCCCCCGCCAGCCCGCCCAUCAAGAAGGAGGCGCCCGCCCUGCCCCGCCUCACCCCGCAGCCGCCGCCUGCGCCCCCGCAGCCCCGGGCUCCUCUCCCAACACACGUGCCUCUCUCCCUGGGCGCCUUCCACAGCCACUGCCACGGCCACGGCCUGGGCCACGGCCACGGCCACGGCCAGGCUGUGCACAGCAGCCUGCUGGGCCUCAGCAGGAGCAGCAGCGUCGGCAGCAGCGCCGGCCUGGGGCUCGCGAAGCACGCGUCCCUGUCGCCGCUCGGGCCGGGCGCGCACCUGUCUACCUCACACCUGGCGCUCCGCUCCCAGGCCCAGCACCAGCACCACGCGGCCAUGUUCGCCGCCCCCGCCACGCUGCCCCCGCCCCCGGCGCUGCCGGCCAACAGCCUGGUCCUCCCGGGACACCCCGCCGAUGCCAGCCUGUUGAUCUCAUUCAGCCCGCCAAUCAUGUAUUGCCAGCCUCAUGCGGGGAUUCUGAUUGGUACUUGGUCACAGGCCCCUCUCUUGCCUCCACCCUGGGGCCCGCACCUAGCGAGCGGCCACCACGGCGUGGCCUGCCGAGGCCGGGAGUGCCAGUUUGACAAGUACCCGCCCGUGCUGGACAGCCCCUACCUGCGACAUUCCAGCUUUUUCCCAUCCUUCCCGCCCUCCAUCCCGGGACUGUCCUCCCUGCUCCCACACCCAGGCCCCUUCGGGUCCCUGCAGGGCGCUUUUCAGCCCAAGACUUCAAACCCCAUCGAGGUGACGGGCCGGACCAGCGCUGUGCACACCCUGCUGCCGAAGGGCCCCGGGGUGUCGGAGCCGCUCCGGACCGCGGUCAGGAAGCCGGGGCGGUGGUGCGCGGUGCACGUGCAGAUCGCCUGGCAGACCUACCACCACCAGCAGCGGCUGAAGAUGCAGCUGGACCCCCACGCCAAGCUGGACGUGCUCAGCAGACCCCCCGCCCCGGGCCUGCUCCCCGGAGUCCACUGCCCGCACGAGCGGGCCCGGCCCCUCUUCUCCGGCUCAGGUGCUGCCCACGCUGCCGCCAGCCACUUCGGCCCCUCAGCCCAUCCCGGCUUCCUGCCCCCGGCUCACCUGGCAGACCCGUUCAGCAGGCCGAGCACCUUCGGGGGCCUGGGCAGCCUGGGCAGCGCCGCCUUCGGAGGCCUGGGCAGCCACGCACUGACUGCAGGCAGCAGCCUCUUUGCCCCCAAGGAGGGCUCCGCUCUGCACGGGCUGCCCAGCUCCCAGGAGGCCUGGAGCCGGCUGCACCGGGCGCCCCCGUCCUUCCCCACGCCGCCCCCCUGGCCCAAGCCCGUGGACACAGAGCGGGUCUCAGCCCUGACCAAUCACGACCGAGAGCCCGACAAGGGCCGGGAGGCCAGGGAGCGGGACCUCCUGCUCCGGGGCCCGGCCGACCCGCGGGUGAAGGAGAGCCGCUCCCCCGCCAGGGAGGCCCCGGCCGCGCCGUCCCCCUGCGGCAAGGGGGCCCCCGGUGACCGCCUGCGCCCGGCCGGCGCCCUGGGCCCCGCGCGGCCGCCCGAGGGCGACGUGAAGGUGAAGGAGGAGCGCGGGGAGGACGGCGAGGCCCCGGGCCCGCACCACCUGCGCCUGGGCUUCGCGUGGGAGCCGCUGCGGAACGCCUACCCCUUCCGCGGCCCGGAGCUGCCCCGCCGCACCCCGCCCGCCGCCCCCGAGCCUCCCGAGCGCCUCUGCCGCGACCCGGAGCCGCCCGGCUUCAGCCCCGAGCGCCUGCGGGCGGCGCCCCCGCCCCUGCCCGGCCCCCUGCACCCGGGCGCCCCGCACCUGCCCGGCCCCGCGCCCCCGGGCGCCCCGCACUUCGCCCGCCUCGGGCCCGCGCUGCACAACGGACUCCUGGCGCGGACCCCGCCGGCCGCCGCCGCCCUGGGCGCGCCGCCUCCGCUGGUGGCCGCGGGCGGGGCCCCCGCGUCCCCUGGGCCCCCCCGGAGCAGGACUACGCCUCUCGGGGCUCCGGAGGCGCCCGACUUCUCUCCGUCCCGGAACCCCCCGGAGGUGGAGGCGCGGUAG